AUGAAUCUUUGGAAGAACAUGGAUCUUGAGCGACGAAAACGCCAAAAAGAUAUAGCGACGCGGGAUAUCAUCAUUUUCGGCGGCUACCAGGCUGGGAAAAGCUCUGUCAUUCGAACUUUACUCAACGAAGAUGCUCCUACGGAAAUCUUGGAUUUGGCCACUUUGUCGCAAGUAGAAGAUCUGGUUAAGAAGUUGGGAAAGUUCAGCAGCGCGAUAAAGGAGAAAAAAGUCAAGCUGGCCAUUGUGGCGAAUAAAUACGAUCAGUUCAGUUCUUUGAAAAGCGACGUGAAAGCAGCUGUGAACGAGUUUCUAAAAGUUUCUUCGAAGUAUCUCAAGGCUUCGUUGAUCCAAUGCUCGUGCACUCAAGAAUCGCAAAAGACCAUCCUCCGGCGCUUCUUCCAGAGCGAAGUGUUCCACCUCUCGGCUGUAUCUUCCCUCUCGGAGUCGUCGACGGACAAUUCGCAGCCGCUGGUUCUUCUUCAGGGAGCACAGAAAGUCCAAGUGACGAGUACUGUCGAUUCCGCCGCCAUUGAACUCUCCCAAGUCGUCGAGCAAGAGAGAAUAAAGUCUUCAUCGAUGAAUCAACGCCAGCCGGAGAACAUGGACAACUUCGCGGACAGCGAAAUCGACGGCGCCGUAAGGCACUUCCACAACCAUCGCGAGUACUCCAAACUCGCUCAACUCCAGUUGAGCUAA